UUGUCUCACCUUAUGUUUUCUUCUUCUCUAUCCUCAUCAACGUCUGCAAUAAUAUAAACUUGAUAAACAAUAACAAUAACUGUGUGACACCUAUUAAACUUCAUUAUUCAAUUUGCAUAGUUUAUUUUGUGUGUGAAAAUUCGAGUGUGUCUAUCGUCAUAUAGCGUGGAGGAGACAGAUGGAAUCCCAGCAGAAAACCCCAAACCACAAGCCAAGAUUUGAUCCUUUUCAUAUUCCUUGCAUUUACAAGUGAGCCACUUUUCUCUCUCUGAGUUGUAGACCAAAAACUGGAAUAUAUAGUUUUUGGUUGGCGGAUUGGAUUGGAUUGGAUCAGCUCGUCCCCUUUCGAAAUUUGAUUGUAAGCUGAUUUUUGGCUGCCUGAAAAAAAUGGUGGGGAUUUUCUCAAGAUUUUCUGGCAGAGGUAGCCAUCGCCGCACUCAAAGUUCUCUUGUAAGCUCUCUUUCCUUCUCUCUCUCUCUUAAAGAUUGAUUUUUUUGACUUGUUGUUUCUUGGAUUUUUGGCAUAUCUGAAGGGUUGGAUGAUGCUGUCUAGUUUGAGCAAGUUUCCCCUAGCUCCCCUAUUUGAGCUACUCUGUCUCAUCCUAAAGAGUUUAUUGGAUUUCAUGUUUCUUGGUUUUUGGCCUAUUUGAUGAAGAGUUGGAUGAUGCUGUCCAUUUUGUAGUGUGAUUUGAUUAUGCUAAUGUUUUUUUUCUGUUGGGGCAUUUGGAUUUCUAGUGGAUUUCUAGUCAACUAGAUCAUCAUUUUGAUUGAACCAUACUAAAUCCUUAAGAGAAAAAUUGAUUAUAUUCAUCCUAACCCAAACAAAGAGUCAUCACUGAAUUACUUUCUUGGAUGUGGAUAUAUGUAUAUGAGUGUAUAUUAUGGCAGAGGUAGCCAUCGCCGCACUCAAAGUUCUCUUGAUGAAAGGGGAGCAUUGCCUUGUAGCAUAGAUGCUCCAACCACUGCUAUCUUGUCGACAGCUACAUCUGCUGUUCCCCAUGGGAUUGAAGUAGCUGUCGAGUUUAAGCCCGUUGAACAUCCAAGUGAGCCGCUCGACAAUGACCAACCUAUCCCGUGUCCACAACCCGAGCCUUCCAUUCUUAAUGAUGGAAGGAUCUGGAAGGAAAGGGCGUCGUCGGGCGUAUCCCGAAGGGUGGAGACGCCGGUUUUGGAGGAACAGAUCGACAUCGAACCCGAGACUCCAAGAACGAAGCCUCGGCCUCCUCGACGCAUUCUGCCAUCUAUGAGUGCCCCCGAGCACAACAUCAUCAAACUGCUGGAAGAGUGCAAUGCAUCUGGAAUAAGCUUCAAUACCUGAUCACUAUUAACAACCUUUCUUUUUAGUUUUGUAUAAAAACCUCCACCUUGUUAUUUUCCCUUGUCAAGUGGUUUUAUACAGUAGAUUGAUGAAUGGUAAAUUCGGAAAGUGAACUUGAUUAAUUUUUAAUAUAGUAUUCUUUCGUA